UUUUUUAAAUCCCUUGGACCAACCUUACCUGCAACAAGAUGGGUUUCCAAUCUCUUAUCUUCCUCUUCAUGUUGGUACUUCUUUCUCAAUUCAAUCUCUCCUCCCAAGCCAGAGAUGGUAAUAAUCAGUCUCAUUUCUUCACUCUCAUGAAGCAAUCACUCUCUGGUAAAUCUUUGUCUCGUUGGGCCCUCCAAGCUCCUUUCUGCAACUAUGCUGGAGUCAAUUGCAAUGAUCAUGGAGAUGUUGUGUCUAUUGAUGUGUCUGGGUGGUCACUAACUGGUCAUUUUCCUCCCAACAUCUGCUCUUAUCUUCCACAUCUUCGUGUUCUCCGGCUUGGUCCAAACAAGUUCCAUGGCUACUUUCCAUCUACCAUCAUCAAUUGCUCUGUUUUAGAAGAGCUUAAUAUUACUGGCUCAUCUCUCACUGGAUCACUACCAGAUUUCUCACCUCUGUCUUCUCUCCGAGUUCUUGAUCUUUCAUACAACUCUUUCACUGGGCAAUUCCCCAUCUCUUUUACCAACCUCACCAAUCUAGAAAUUCUGAAUUUCAACGAGAAUGGCGAUUUUGCCCCGUGGCAAUUACCUGAGGAGAUAUCUCAGCUGACAAAGCUCAAAUCAAUGAUCUUGACAACAGCUAUGGUGCAUGGAAAGAUUCCAGCAACAAUUGGGAAUAUGACUUCACUUGUUGACCUUGAAUUGAGUGGUAAUUUCCUUGUGGGUCAGAUUCCUUUGGAGAUUGGAAAGCUCAGGAACUUGCAGCAGCUCGAGCUCUACUAUAAUCAGCUCGUCGGCGAAAUACCAUAUGAGCUUGGAAAUCUUACACAGCUCAUUGAUUUAGACAUGUCUGUCAAUCAAUUGAGUGGAAGGAUUCCAGAGUCUCUCUUUAAGCUUCCGAAUCUUCAAGUACUGCAACUAUACAACAACACCCUCACCGGAGAAAUUCCAAGCAUGAUUGGGAAUUCCACCACAUUGAGGAUAUUAUCUCUCUAUGAUAAUCACUUGACCGGGACAGUGCCCUUGAAUCUUGGGGCUUCAUCUGAUUUAGUAGGUUUGGACUUGUCAGAGAACAGCUUAUCAGGGGAGUUGCCACCAGAGGUUUGCAAGGGAGGUAAAUUGGUGUACUUUCUUGUAUUGCAAAAUCAGUUUUCUGGUCAGUUGCCUGAGACUUAUCAGAAUUGUAAGUCUCUUCUUCGGUUUCGGGUUAGUUUAAACAGUCUGCAAGGAUCAAUUCCUGAGGGGCUUCUGGGUCUUCCUCAUGUAUCAAUCAUUGAUUUAGCUUUCAAUAAAUUUGAAGGUCCAAUUUCAAGAACAAUUGGAAAUGCUAAGAACUUAUCAGAGCUGUUCAUACAGCAGAACAGGAUUUCAGGUCUCAUACCACCAGAAAUCUCUCAAGCUGUUAAUCUGGUGAAGAUUGAUCUCAGCAAAAAUCUCUUAUCUGGACCUAUUCCUCCUGAAAUUGGAAACCUCAGGAAGCUGAACCUAUUACUUAUGCAAGGUAACAGGAUAAAUUCAUCAAUUCCUGCAUCACUUUCUUACUUGAAAUCUCUAAAUGUUCUUGAUCUCUCCAACAAUCAACUGACAGGGGUUAUCCCAGAUAGCCUUUGUGAAUUGCUUCCUAAUUCCAUCGAUUUUUCGAACAAUCACCUCUCAGGUCCAGUUCCUCCCUCACUGAUCAAGGGAGGUUUAGUAGAAAGCCUUUCAGGCAAUCCAGGUCUCUGUGUUUCUGUCUAUCCUAAUUUAUCUGAUACAAAGUUCCCUGCUUGUCCACAAAUUUACAUCAGAAAGAAGAUGAAUUGUAUCUGGGAAAUUGGGAUUUCAAUAGUAGUUGUAACCAUUGGAGGUAUCCUGCUUCUUAAACGUUGGUGUAGCAGAGAGAGAGUAGUGAUGGAACAGGAAGAUGAAAUGGUGUCUUUGUCCUCCUUCUCACACGUCCAAAACUUCCAUAAGGUCAGCUUCGACCAGCGUGAGAUCAUUGAGGCCCUGGUAGACAAGAACAUUGUCGGAAAUGGAGGAUCUGGGACUGUUUAUAGGAUCCAGUUGAACAAUGGAGAAGCUGUUGCAGUGAAGAAAUUGUGGAGUCAAAAGACAAAGGACCUUUCAACAGAGGAUGAUCAAUUGGUACUAGAUAGAGGGCUAAAGACAGAGGUAGAGACACUGGGGAGCAUCAGGCACAAGAACAUUGUCAAGCUUUACUGUUACUUUUCCAGUUCAGAUUUGAAUCUUCUGGUUUAUGAAUACAUGCCAAAUGGGAACCUAUGGGAUGCACUUCACAGAGGAAGAAUUCUACUGGACUGGCCAACCCGACAUCGGAUUGCACUUGGGAUUGCACAAGGUUUAGCUUAUCUUCACCAUGAUCUGAUGCCGCCGAUCAUUCACAGAGACAUCAAAUCAACCAAUAUCCUUCUCAGUGCAGAUUACCAGGCCAAAGUUGCAGAUUUCGGGAUAGCCAAGGUCUUGCAAGCAAGAGGUUCAAAGGAUUCCACUACUACUGUUAUUGCUGGAACUUAUGGGUACCUAGCUCCAGAGUAUGCGUACUCGCCAAGAGCCACAGUCAAGUGUGAUGUCUAUAGCUUUGGGGUAGUGCUCAUGGAACUGAUAACUGGGAAGAAGCCAGUGGAGCCAGAGUUUGGAGAGAACAAGAACCUCAUCUACUGGGUCUCAUGCAAGGUGGAGACCAAGGAAGGAGCAAUGGAGGUCUUAGAUAAGAGAUUAUCAGGUUUAUUCAAGGAUGAGAUGAUGCAAGUGCUCCGAAUUGCCAUUCGUUGUACCUGUAGCGGCCCUGCUCUUCGCCCAACCAUGAAUGAGGUUGUUCAGUCACUGAUUGAAGCAGACCCUUGCAGGUUAGAUUCUUGCAAGUCAUCAGGAAAGAUCAAAGAAUCAUCAAAUGCCAACAAGAUUAAGAACCCAUCUGAGUUCUAACUAAUAGAAGGAACUUGAUGAGGAGUAAGUAAUCAGUAGAAGUAAUAUUGGACUACAGAUGAGUGUGUUCUUCAAAUUAUUGAGAUACUAUUCUUGAAGAACAGCUUUUUACCCUCUCACUGUAUAAACUAAAUAGUACAGCUUACUAAAAGAAAGAAAGCAGCAAAGAGAUUCUGUCUUUCUGCCCUUAUGAAUUUAUUUUUGGUUCUUGUAAUUAUGUGAGAAUUUGGGCCUUAUAACUGCUUCAUAGUAACGCAUAGUAUCUAUAUAUUUCAUAGAUCCAAAAAACAAAAUUCGUAUCUCUUGCUUUUUAUUUGAUGGA